UGACAGUUUGUGACCACUAGGGGGCGCUGCUGUCGAACGAUUGCAGGUGUACUGGCGCACUGGAGACAGAAGUUCCAUUAACGCCUGGGAGGCCCUCCAGUUGCCAUUUGAGGUUGGAGCUAUGAGUGAAUAUAACCUUCCUACUGUGUUAACUUUUACCAUGCACCCACUAUGUUAAAGAUCGGUUUUGAUCCGUGUCUUAAAUUAGCAGCAAAUUACACUAAAAACAAUUCUUUAUCAUCCAAUUUGGUUCUCAUCUCUGGGUUACCUUGUUAGGAUUCAUAAUCCAUGAAAAUAUUGGUUAUAGUAUUUUUUGAUGGGGUCCUCUGGGCCUUUCUUUGUCAGUAUACCCCUCACACAGACAUCCAUACUGAACUGAUCUCACAUGUCUGACAUGCCAGAGGCUGUUUUUUGUGCAGGGAAAUACAUGGCAAAAUGAGAAUUUCCUAAAUCUCACAUGAUUGUAAGAGGAUCUGACUGUCAGUGUGGUGCCUGACAGUUCACUUAUGAUUUCAGCUUUUGCUCUGAUUAUUAGACAUUAAUCUAACCGGGUCAACAGCGACCCUAACACGACAAGUGCCAUAAUUUUAAUAAGAGCAUUUUGUAAUUUAAUCAAUUUAAUUUUUUUACUUUUAUUUAGUUGAAAUAAAGGUUCCUGACAAAGUCAAAAAGUCUUGAUGCAAAAAACGUAUUUAAGUGGUUCUUUUAAGCGUUUAAAAUCAAAAACAGGUCGGUGCAGACCCUAACACAGGAGGAGGGAUAAUCUCAACUAGGUCAACUCAACUCUACUUUUUUUUUUUUUUUUUUCGGAAGUAAUAAGCUUAUUCAGGAUUUCUAUGAAUUGUGAAUUUUUUACAACCCAAUUAGUGCAUGUUUACCCUGUGUAGGGUGGAUGUGUUUGCCAAAGGUAGCUCUUUCCUCACGUAAUGUCUCAGUGUCAGGCCAUGUCUCUUAAACAAUAUAUUGUCACACUGCAUGUGCGUGUGUGUGUGUGUAUGUGUGGUUGAGUGAGGGCAGGUGUGUGUCCUUGUGUGUGUGGGUCCAUUGGUGAGUGUGUGAAAAAUAAGUGAAACACGAAUAUAAAAAGUGGUGAGAGGGUACAAGCGUUUUCUGCCUGUUACCCCAUGGAAAUGAAAAUACAUAAAUUACAAUAUAAGCCAGUUGCUAUGAGUUUGUGUGUGUGUGUGUGUGUGUGUGUGUGUGUGUGUGUGUGUGUGUGUGUGUGUGUGUGUGUGUGAUUAAUGAGACACCUUUUGUCCUAUCAAAAUAACUGUCUGUCAGGGUGUUAGAAUAUUAAAAGUAACAAUCGACGAUAACACAGAAGCACAAUGAGAAAAAAAGGCAUUUUUUUUAUUCUAGCAAACUCUAAAUGAUGGUGUACACUGCCUGAAAUCCGCCUCCAAGGUAUACUUCUUGAAAGUCAAUAGAGCACCUCUUGAAACUAAAAGUGAAAUGUAUUUCUUGUACCUUAAAUGGGAAAUGGGACAAAAAAUGAGGAUGUAGGAUGAGGAGGAGCCAUUGUGGAAAGAAAGUUUGAGGAACAGUAAAACAACAAAAAGAAUAAAGCGCGGUUUUUAAAUGUUAAGUUUCAACCGCCUUCACCACUUCCCUCUUGGUGUUUCCAAUCACUGUUGAACAAUAUACAGUCGUAAUAAUCAAUUCCAGGAUAUAAACCAUGACUGUAAUAGCCUAAACUUUAACCUCUUUUUAAUCUACUUUUACAAAGAAACCAGCUCUGUCAGACCCAAAUUAACUCCUUACUACAAGAGUGGCUGACUCGAGACUGUUUUUGCCCAUUUAAAGACACACUCUGGGUAAAAUAGCAAAAAGAGGCCCUGUGUGUGGGUUACAGAGAAAAGAGUUCAAAGAUCUGCCUGGCGAAUAAAGCAAGAGAUUUAGUCUUCAGGUCGAUCAGCAGCCACCUGGAGCAUGAAGGAAAAUAAUGAGUUGGGGACUUGUGAUUCAUAAUACAGAGAGUGAAGAUGCGUAAAAGUAGCAGCAAUGAGCAAGAAAACAUGUUUCUGGAAAAAAAAAAAAGUCCAGCUUCAACGUCUCCAGUCUGCUUUGAAUCAGUAUGACAAACACAAUCCUCUAAAUGUGUUUGAAUGGUUGUUAUGAAACGGACAAGUGGACAAAUAUGUACCCCAGACAGAGAAAACUUUAAUCUCAUUCAUGCUAUUACGUGUCUCUUUUAGGGAUACCUUUGUGAUAAAGAAUUAAAUAUACUUAAACAAUGUGGAUGCCAUACACAUGACAGGAAAGUCAAAAGACUCAAACAGAAAGUAAUGCCUCCAACUGCCACCACUGUUGAGACCAGUCAAACGUCACACAGGUUUAUACGAGUCAUUCAAUGAGCUGUAAAUAAACGGACAUCACCAUGAUCGACACUUAUGUCAUAUGCUGAAGAUGAAAAAGAAAAGAUGGGGAAAAGAUAAAAGUGGAGUCAAAAUACACAGCACAGACUGUUUCAAACCUCUCUUCACAAUCAUAAAGAAACUGUAAUUGAAACUAUUGAAAUCUACCUUGUUAAAACCUGGUGGUCUUUGAUUCUCUUUUAUCACAAGGUUUUGCAUACAGUAGGUUGGGUGAAUAGAAAACAAUACAUGUCGUUGCGUGUACAUUGUUUCCUUUGUCUCCCUCGCAAAACCAGUUGUAGAACAAUGAACUAAAAAAAAAAGGUAAAAAAACACAGUCACUUUCAGAAAGGUUGCAGUCUCUGUCUGGUGGAGAGAGCCACCUCCCCCUCCGUCUGAAUACAUGUGGUUUUGCUGCGCCUGUCUAACCCUGAGAGAUAUGAAACUUUUCUGACAUUUCUGUGAAAGACAGCUGAGUUGCACGAAUGCAGGAUGCAUUCAUGGACUCGCAUGCUGAACAAAGAUCCUUUGACUCUUUCCACUCAUGGAAACUUUAAAACGCUGCCUCUCACUUCAUGGAUUUACUGUUGUGUUUGUGGUUCUGAUGAUGAUCAGUAGAGGUAAGUUAAUGCAAUCCUCUUAUCUCUCUCUCUUUUUUUUUCAUUCUCAUGGUGACUUGUGGUCUGCUCUAUGUAGCUGUAUGAAAACGUGGUGAAGAUUUUCACUCAGACAAGCGAAAGUGUCAAUUUCAUUGUAGUAAAAGCAACAACAUUCGCCACUGAAUAUUGGUUAGCUUAUCAGAUCGUGUGGUUUCUACGAACAGAAGACAUCCGGUCUGUACGGCUCUGAAACAUAGAGACGAGGCCUCUACUGACCUGACACUCUCAAUUUCGUUGGGUUAUUUUAGCUUGAAUGAUAUCAUCAAUAGGAUGUUCCUUUUCCAAAUUUGAUUUUGCUCAUCCAACUGAUCGCCCGAGCCUCUAACUUCAUAACAAAGUGUCCAUUAGAAAAAGAGAAGAAUUAAGUGAUAUAAUGACUGCCUUGAGGAUCUACAGCUGUAUCGUGUCAUUAGGCCUGGACGAUAUAGAAAAAAAGCAUAUCGAUAAAAAAUAAAUCAUAUUGAUCGAUAUCGAUAAUUAUCAAUAUAAUUAUUAUAAUUAUUCAACAUAUAUUUUAAUUGCAGCCCUGGAUGUUUUAUGCUAUUGCUUAAUGACCUACUUUUAAUAAAGAACACACAAGCACUGAAAUCAAAUUCAAACCUUUAUUCAACCACCUUUUUAUUUUACCACAACUGAAAUUUUUUAAAAAAGAACUUAAAAAAAAAAAAGAAAUCAACUUAAGUGGCCUGAGUGACGUCAGUAAAUACUGACAAACAUAAAGACUAAAGUGACCAGAAAAUCUGAUAAAUAAAUAUUUAAAUAGUCUUUUGAUGAAAAUAAACAAAACAAACAAAUAUAUAAAUAAACAGAAUAGCUUUAGGUGGGAAUAGCAUACUACCAGUUUUAACUGUGUGGGAAACUGCCCACAGCCUGGUGUCUGAACACUGAAACAUUUCUCCCGGGGUCGGGAGAUUUAUUUUUUUUAAUUAUCAUGUGAUUGACUUAAUACGCAAACUGAGCACGAGAAGCAGGACUUAUCCACGCCGGUGUUGUGUCGUAGAAUGCACCCCUGCCGAACGCACCCCCUGCUAGUAGCCAUGAUCCAAAUACUCGCGUCUUUAUAAAAUAUGAGCUCAUUUUCUUCCACUUUAAGAAGCUAAUGAGAGGACGGGAUGCAGGGGUGCAUUCUAUAGCACAACACCGGAACGUAUUUCCUCCGCACCCUUCUCAGCUUUUCAACCCCUGACCCAUUUUCAUGCCUGAAGCGCUGUGUUUGAGAAAUACUUGCGGCCGGGCACUUCAUAUCGCGGGUCAAGAGUGGCUAAAAGCUGGUCGAAGCCAGGCUUUUCAACGGUAGUUAUUGGCAGUAUGUCCCUCGCUAUGGAGCAUGUCACUGCGUGGGUGAUGUCCUUAUGCCGCUUGGACGCUUUGUCGUAUUUUGGCAAGAAACGAAGUCCACCUUGGUCUGCUUCACUUGCUUUGUGCUGGUGCUGGCAGCGGUUCCAGAGGAUUCCUCCGACGACGACGUGGAGCCGCGGCGCGGCCGACACAGCUCGUACUCCUGCGGGUGCGAUCGGUUUAGAUGGUAGAACAAGUUGGUUGUGUUACCAGACUAGGUUUUUACUAAUUCUCUGCAAAUUUUGCAAACGACCGCUGUUGGCUUUUUGUCAGACUUGUAAAAACCAAAACAUUGCCAUGCUGGUGAACUACUGAAACCCUUUUUUCGAGAUAAUUUCCUCCGCUUCUCCUUGCUGUAUCAUUUUUUCUAAUACACGUGCUGUCUGUUGUGGUUUGAUAGGGGCUGGGCUUGGUGCCGUAGCGUACCUGGGUCUGCGUUUGUGAUUGGUUGGGAGGAAGUAAUGACUGUAGUAAAAGCUACAUGAUAGGCUAUGAUGAAAAAGAAAGGGAAACUGUGUUUUUCUAUCGAACUUUUUAUCGACCCGUUUUUUUUCUAUCGCGACACACGUCUAUCGAUCGAUAUAUAUUGUUAUCGAAUUAUCGUCCAGCACUACAUGUCAUCAUCAUAUUGUGUCUCUCAAAGUAUAACAGUGAGGCCAGGGGUCAGGGAUACAUCUGAGUUUUAAAGAUAAUACCCAUACUUUGUCCCUAAAAAUAACAGAAAAACUGGGAUUAGUAUACUGCUGUUAAUCAAAAAGAUUGUAUGUGAAUCACAAGCAGCAAAGACAGAAAGUCAGACUGAAUUCUUUUGUUGAGUUUCUCUGAAGAAAACAAGACUGUCUCUACACCGUCUUUUUAGCAGCAGGGCGGAGUGCAGCAUGAACAGGAGUUUGAAUAUUGGUAGAAGACGACAUAAUUCUGGGAAAAUUAAAUAAUAAAAAAUGUUUGAUGUGAUAAAAUUUUGCUUUACAUGAUCUGAUUUGUUUAUGAGAAUCAGACUAAAUAAAGCCAUAAAGGUGUAUUUUUCUGAAAUAUGAUGGCUAUGACAUUGUGCUCUUGUACAACAUGAUUGCGUAUAAUUCAAUAUGAUAAGAACUAGCUGUAAUAAUAGGGACCAUGUUUCAGAGUAACUAAUUGAACAUGCUAUCUGAAUUUACAGAUUGACCCAGUCCUUUGUGUUAGCAUUGAGGUUUUAUGACUUGUACUACAGCCAGUCAACAGACCGAGCUCCAAAUAUGUUGGCUUCACUUUAGGAGGAGCUGCUGCAUCUUCAAGCUUUUUAAGCUGUAUACACUUCAGAUAGAAUAUGUGAACACUUCAUCAUUUUUUCCUCUCAGAUUUUUGUGUGAAACUGUUUAAAUACACAAUGAAGUAAAUUAUGACAUCAAUAAAUCACACCAUUGUUGACUUUUGACCGAUAAUUCAAUGGUUUUCUCAAAGGGUCGACAUGUGAAGCUCCUUCCAGCCCCGAGUGCUUCAGGAGAAGCAGCGAUGAGUCCAUGUACAUGUGUGAAUGGACCAUGAAUACGACAGAAAGUGAUGUGACAUUUGAUUUUUACUUUAAGUGAGUAUUUUUACAAUAUCUUAAAUCAGUGAUUUUUUAAGUGGUUUUAAAGGGGAAGAGUAAAUGUUUUAAAUAUUGCCUCUAAGCAUACUGUAAGAUUGACGUAAGAUUGCUAUCACAGUCUGUGCUGCAAGGUUUGUUUAGUAUUGGCCUAUAGUGGUGAAGUCACACACCCCAGGAUAGUCCUAAAGCAGGCGCUUUGUGUUUAGAUCUAGCCUUUGGCCCUUUUCUGUACUCUCACUCCUGGUUUCCAGCCCUGUCCACUGUGCUAUCCUUCUUUAUUAAGACACAAAAGCCCCAAAUUAUAACUUAGAAAAGAAGAUCAUCAGCUAACUUUGUUCUAUCUGCAGGGAACGUAUGCAAAACAAUACAGAUCACAUCAAUGUAGACUUCAUAGUGCUUAUUUGUUCGCAGUGAAGAAAAGUUUGGACCCAAACUUAAGCAAACUUCAGCUCAGUUCAGAGAGGAAGAGCUCAUCAAAUAUGAAACAGUGUACAUUUGGGUGGAGGCACACGUUGGAAACUCCAGCUGCACAUCAGUCCAGAGUCCUGUCAUUCUUAACGACAUAGGUAAGGACUGAAGGGUCCCUUUAUUUCACCCACUACAAGAUCAAAUCGUAAUACAUUCAAACAAGAUUCCUCAAAACACAUGGACAUCCAUUCGUCUUAACAUCGUACGAUUAACAAUUUUCUUCCCCUGCACAGUGAAGUACGAAGCUCCACAGGAGAUCUCCAUGUCCUGGGAAAAAGACAACCUUCAUUUGAACUGGAGAGCUGCAGAGGACCAUCCAGCUUUAGCUGAGGUCCGCUUCCUUCAACAUGGAGACCCCACUGGAUCCUGGGAAAGCGUAAGAUAACUCUAUAUAAAUCACAUUUAUGUCAACUGCUCUUUCUAUAUUCAACUCUUUUUAAAACCAUCAAUCUUGAUUGCUUCUACAGAGAAUCGAUACGACAAAAACCAAUGGAAAGACUUCUAUGUGUGAGUAGUUGUGUAUAUUUGGAUUUUCAGUAAAUAUGUAGAAAAUGUAGUAAAUGUGUUUUGUGCGAUUCUUCCUGCUAAUUCCCAGACUGUCAAAUUUCACUUCCUAACUAACUCAGUAUAAAAUCAGGCUCAUUAUUUGCUGUUAGCAGUAUUUUACAUUUUACCUGGAUUUGUUCCGAGCCUGUUAAAAGGGAAAUACAUGCACUCUUAUAAACCUAAAACUUCUCAGUGAUUACAAGAAAGAUUUUCUUUUUUCUGUGAAGUCCAGGUCCACCUGUUGAGGAACAUAUCCUACCAGGUGAAGAUCAGGCAGAGGUCCACUCAGGCUCUAAGCCCACUGUGGAGUGACUGGUCUACAGUGGUGGAUGUUCCUACAGGUUUGAGUGAAAGAUUUCUUGUUGAUUUGGUUUGACCUUUGCCAUAAUCCAGAUCAUUCAGUGUAAGAAUUCAAAUCAGAUGAAACACUUGUGACUUUUUUUGACAUUUGAUGAUUUCAGAGCUUAGAGCUGUCCUGAAAUGUAUCUGAUUUAUGUCAAUCUUCAAAGCAAAUUACUGUCUUGUGACUGUGACACAAAUACGGUUUAAGAUGACUGAAAUGUUCCCCUCGCUGAUGCAUCGUGUUUUCCCCUAAGAGCUUAACAAAAACCCCGAAGUCAUGGUGAAAACAACUCUUCUGAAUGGCACCCGCAAGGUGAAGUUGACUUGGAAGGUAAGCUAGCGGAAGAAAAUCACCACAACAGUAAAACCAAAGCGUCAACAUUUGACUCUGAUCAGACCCUUAAGAAUGGUUAAUUAUUCUGAGUAUUGAAAUUGAUGCCAGGUUAUGCAUGCCAUGUCAAAUCAAUUCAUCCAUCUUCCUGUUGACAAAAACUCUAUCACCAAAUCAGCAUACUACAUUUAUUUAACCCUUUAAUGCCUUUUGUAUCGUAUUUCUAGAAAAACAAAAACAGCUGAAUACAGUCUGAUAAAUGAUAAAAAUGUCCUCUUGUAGUUUAUCAGUUUCCCAAAACACCUGAUGUAUCAAACGAGAUAAAUAAAUAUAUUUGUUAAAUUUUAAGGACAUUUUGACUUUUUUGGUUUUCAGUAGUAAGUGAAAUAAACAUUUCAACUCCAAAAAAUUUGAAUUUUUUGGCCAUAAUUUGUCAUUUCAGGCAUUAGAGGGCUAAGUGUUAGUCUUUCUUUAUUCAGAGCACACAAAACUCUAGAUUUCAGAGUUAAUAUCUGACAGUCACCAGAAGAAAGAAGAAAAACAGCACAGAGACUGGUGGGAUGGUUGAGUAUUCAAGGAACUGAGUAAAAGAGACAUCAACCAAAGUGAAGAAAACAGAGUUUAAGAAAAAUCUUUCUUGAAUGACGAGAGGCAGACAAGGGAGUUCAGGACAUGUAAUGACAGUACAUUUAAUUCUUGCAAGAGUGGCGCACAAACAAAGCAUCAAGCAGAUACACAGAAGUGGUCCCUGGUUGUGGGGUUUCAGAGUCUUUUAUCCUUGUCUUCUCGGAUCUCCGUCACCAUUUCCAAAUAUAGCCAACGGAUAUCCUAAACAAGUAGCCUAAAUCUUACCCUUGGUUUCAUUCUAGUCGUCAUGCAUCUGCCGUCCUUGCCUAGUUUAAACAUCACUGUGACUUUAUCUGCAUUUUACAAACUCUAUGCACAUCUUGGAUAGUAUUUUUCCAUCACAGACAUGAAGCAAUCACAAACCACUCAACCUGCAGCUCACAACAUGUUAGCGACUUGUUAAAUGUAGUAAAAGUAACCUUCUACCAUUUAGACUUCAUCAUGUAAGUUGUUGCCUGUUUGAGAUGGUUUUCCCAACAUGGUUCUUUGUUAAUGUUUUCUUCUUCCCUUCAGCCAAUGCCACAUGCUACAGCUAUUACAGGAAUAAGCUUCAGCAUAAAGGACACACAGUCUUCUCGUGGAUGUCCCUGUGCGGAGAAGAGCAAAUACACCGAAAAUACUGAAGACACAAUCUACGUCUCGAACUCUCCUGUAAACAUUUCUGUCAUGGCCAAAAACGCAGCGGGGCAUUCUCCUCCUACUGUCAUACAACUACCUGCGGUCAAACCUGCGUCAGAUUUAGAAGGUAGGUCAAAAUGUGCUCUUGAUCAUGUCAAAUGAAACUCCUGCUUAUUAUAAUUUUUGAAAGGCAGUUUUUUUUUCUCUCCUCAUGGCAGCAUGUGAAGAAACAAUACUAGAAAAAAAAACCAAAAAGGUUACAUGCCUUGAGUGGUAUGAGCUUCAAGAUGAAGAGCAGACACCAGAAAACGUGAUCACUCUACUGGGGAGACAGUCGAAAAAAGAGAGGCAUCAAAUAAAAAAAGGUCAGUUCCUUCAAUUGCUGGCAUGCUAACAUAGUUUUCUUUUAUUCCAACACAUCUGUUUGCCCCUAGCUGCCCUUGAUUUGAUCAUGUUUAUGUUACAGACCUGAAGGACUUUGUUCGUUACCUUUACUUUGAACACACAUGUGUGGGAAGGAUGCCACGGACAGAUAAAAUGUGCAUCUUUUAUAAAAUGGAGGAAGGUGAGUGUCUUUCACAUGGAUAGUAGUAAAAGGGAUGAGCUUCUGUUCUGUAUUUGCCUCUGGGGGUCCCCCGUGUAGCCUUGAAAACUGCAUCGCUCUGUGAAGAGUUUGACAGUCUCUCUUUGUGGUUGAUACCAAAAAACCUCACUAUCAAUCACAUCAGUGGAACAGAAAAUCCUGUCUACAGAGGAUCUAGAAGUAUUUUUUAUGAUGCCUGACUGUCUGUCAACAAUUAGACAGUUUUGUUGUUGUUGUUGUUUAUCCCUAUAGCAGUACGGUGAAUUGUCUAAAUCUAAAACACAUAUCCAAUGCCAUAACUUUGGUUAUCUCUCUGUUUCCGUUUGACUCGUCUUUGGGUCAAAAGGUUAAAUGUAGCAGUGUGGUGAUAUCUGAAAGUCUGAUUUAAAUGCUCCCUUGUUAACCCUCAUGUCAGAGAGGUGAUGGUGGCCUUAGAGGACAAAAAGCUCCCGGUACACAUGAUGAGAAUAAUCCUCAGUUUGUCUGGUUUUGCCAUCAAAAAUGUCUUUCAAGAGACUCCAGUGGCUUUGUUUGUUUGUUCUGUGCAACAGCCGAAAAUAUGUCAGAGCAAGCCUACAUUACAGGUCAUUUAAGUUUUUCAUUUAAUGUGAAUAAAAACAUACUUGUGAAUAUUAUAUUUCAUUUCUACCAAGUCUGCUCUGCCAUUCUUUAACAGUAACUGAUAGGGAGUAACACAAUAUCUUAAGCGUUAGAUAUCACCAUGCUGGGAUCGUCAUUGUGAACGUGCUAACUUGCUCCUUUGCUCAAAUGUACAUAAUCAAAUCUGCUGGCACAGUAAAUAGUGUGAACAUACCAUCUUAAAGACAGUUUUACUUACAAAAAUGUGUUUCUGUUUCCAGCUCCUCGAACGAAACCUCAGGAUUUAUAUGCUUUUGAUGAAACUCAAGACAGGUCUAUAGAGCUGUCUUGGAAAGCGAUACCCUAUGCAGACCAGCGAGGUUACCUUACACACUACAGCCUCUGCAAUGAGAAAAGCAGCCCUGAGGAAGAAUUCAAAGGUGUGCAGAUACUUCAACUCUUUUUUUUAACUCAGUCUGAACAACUUUUUAAUAGUAUAGAAGAAAAUGAAAAUGUAAAACAGCUGCAAGUGUUUUACUGUGAAGACAAAUCUCUGCUAUGUUUUCUCACUUUACCAGAGUGUCAUAACAUCUCAGCCACACUGUUAAAAUACCGCCUGAAAAACUUGACCCCUGACACAAAAUACAUCAUCAGCCUGGCUGGAGUGACGAGAAGGGGAGAGGGACCCAGAGCCACAAUUGAAAUCAUCACACAGCCGGAGAAGACUUUUAAUGGUAUGAAGUCUAAAAAUAAACCCAUGCUGUUCAGUCAAAUAUGGGUCGAAGGAACAGUUUAUUCCCAUGUGAGAGUGUUAAUAUGUUUCUGUAUUGUUGUUUUUUCCUGAAAUCAGUGUGGUGGAGUCUUGGCUUGCUCUUGGUGUUCUUUCUUAUCUCAACACUGUGUACUGUUAUUCUAAAGAGGUAGGUUAGUCUCUACUAUUGUUAUCAUCAUAAAAUGCAGCUUGUGUAAGGACCAGAAGCUCUAAACCAAAUAACUUUACUUUCUUUAAAGAAACUUUUCUGGACUUCCAACAAAUCUGUUCAGCGAAGCAUCAAUACAUCAGUCAUGAAGUGGUGUCACUGUAUUAUCCACCAUCUUUGAAUCAGCUUUGUUUUUUCUGCUCCUUUACUCAGAAUUCGAAUGAAAAUUUGCCCUCCAGUGCCAACUCCUGUCCUCGAUUUCACCUCUUACCCGAGAGAAAAACAGGUAAGAAAAGCUGGGUUUGUACUUUUCUGUUCUAAGACUAGAACAAAAAGCAGAUGUCUGAUUGCUUAAGAGUGUGUUGAAUAUGAUCUUGCACUAUGCAUUUAUGAAAUAUGCAAAGGUGAGGAUAAAAUGUUUUGUUUGCAAAAGAAAGUGAUUAACAGACUGUGAAAAUUUCUUGAUGACUUACAGACAAACUAUUUUUCGUACCUUUUCUUGUGAACUGCAUGUGAUUGAACAACUCAGUACCUUUUUUUCCCUCAAUUUUGUUUGUUUGAGUUGAUGGAUGGAUGGAUGGAUGGAUGGAUGGAUGGAUGGAUGGAUGGAUGGAUGGAUGGAUCCAAUUUUGGAUGGAUGAUGGAUGCAGGGAUAGAUGCAUGGAUGGAUGGCUGCAUCUGUGGAUAGAUGGAUAGAUUCAUAGAUGGAUUGAUAGAUAGGUAGAUGGUGGAUCAAUGAAUGUAUUUUUGCGUCUAUGGGUGGAUAGACAGAUGGUUCACAGAUGUGUGGAUGGAUGGAUGGAUGGAUGCAUGAUUGAUCUAUGAACGGUUUAUAAAUGGAUGGAUGGUUCAUAGUUUGAUUACUGGAUUGACAGAUGGAUGGAUUGACAAAUUGAUGGAUGGAUGGAUGGAUGGAUGUACUGAUGAAUGAAUGGAUGGAUGGAUGGUUCAUAGAUUGAUGCAUGGAUUGUUGGAUGGAUAGACAGAUGCAUGAAUUGAUGAAUGGAUGAAUGGAUUUUAGAUUGAUAAUGGAUGCAGGGAUAGAUGCAUGAAUGGAUGUAUUGAUGGAUGAAUCAUAGAUAUAUUGAUGGAUUAAUGGAUGGAUUUACAUAUACAUGGAUGGAUGGAUUGAUGGUUGUAUGGAUUGUAAAGGCUUUUCUCACAGCACCCAAACUUUGUUUCUGACAUGGCUAAUCAGGAACCCUCUUAGAUUAUUUUUUUGGUUUUGCCUAAAUUUGACUUUUUAAAGUUCAUCUUCUUUGUUUUUCAGAAACCUCUGUUCACUUUGUAAGCAAGGAGGAGAGCAAUAGGAAUAUAUCACAGCACAGCACUGGGUACUGUUGGUUUGAAUGUUGUCAAAGUUUGUAUCAUUUUUUUACUUUCUGUAACAGGAAAUGCUGGAGAGAAAGGAGGAGGUCCACAAGCUUACUAUUCACAAGCUGCUCCCAGAAGCCAAAUCCAUCCCUGAAGAGACAGAGGAGGGCACUGAAGGUGGCACUGAUGAGAACAUGGAGAAUGAAAGGGGAGAUUCAAGGAUGUCAGGAGAAAUCAGUGAUGAGGAUUCGGACUGCACAGAUGAGGCGCUGAGAAGCUCCAGAGAAGGAGAAAUCACAGAUUUGGAAAAUGAGUUUGCCAUGCUGACAUACAGGAAUGGUUUAGUCUUUGACAUGAAGACAGACUCACCCUAAAACGGACAUAUCACACGUUUCAUUGCUGAACAGCACAAUUUUGCACAAACAUAUCUGGGCUGACUGUUUAUCUUAACAUACGCUUAAAGGCUCUGUGAGUUGUUAUGUUAAUAUUUUAUACCAAUUGUAGUGACCCUUUCAGAGGAAACCAGUGGAGAAGAUUGCAUUUCCCAUGAGCAUUGUCACCUACUGUUGUAGAAAUGUGUGUCUUGUCAAGGUGAGCAAUUGGAAUACAAAUCUUCUUUUUUAAUGCUUAAUGUUUAAUAUUACUUUUUGUAGGCUGCAUAGUGAUAAGGUACAGCUAUUGAUUUGUUAGUAUAGCAUAAUGAACAUUAAUGUAACACCAAACUUUGUUAACUCAGUUUUUUUAAUAAAGAUUUGCCAACAAAAGGUGAUCAGACAGAUCAGUAAGAUGUUAUUCA